GAGCAACUUUGAGCAUGCGCAAAGCAAAAUUGCGAAAAUGUCGUCGGCUCUUGUUCUUGUUACAGAUCGCAUUGAGCGAUCCAUUAAAUCCAUAUUGAUAAGAGACGAUGUUCCAGAGGUUACGAAAAGAGAGUUCAAGCAUGUCAUAGAAACAGAAGGGACGGAAAAGAAUGGCGAACCACGAUCGAUUUCAUUCUCAUGUGUUCAACAAUUGCAUCAGCUGCUGUCAAAAGGCGUCAAUUCAAAAACAUUGUAUCUCCAUGAACUUCUUGAGGGAGCAGAUGUAUACCAUCCACCUUUGAAACAACCAGAAAGGAAUCCUGAACUUGUUGCCAGACUGGAAAGGUUAAAGGCCGAACAAGAGGAUAGGGAGUAUAGACGCAUGACAAAGAAUGUGAAAAUCAGAACCUAUGGUGAAAGUCCCUUAGCCCAGGUUGGACAAGAAGUUCGAACAUUCCAAGUCCAGAUGAUGGGCGUGCUCAAUGUUGUUUUAACAAUCGGAGGAGGCUUUGUGUUUGGGUAUAUGGCUGCUGCAUAUCAAAGCCAACCUGUCAUAUGGCGAGUUACAGCGGGACUCAUAGUGGCAUUCAUAGUAGCUGUAGCAGAUCUUUACUUCUUCAUCAAACAUGAAGUAUGACAUCUAACUUCGACAUCAUGUUCAAGCACGCUCGAGAGACACUAUGAAAUAUUGCAAUUUAUGGACCAAUGAUAUGCUCUAUAAGGAAUUUAGUAUGUAUCGCAGUUAUGGACCGCAAGAGUGUUGGGUUAUUCUUGUUUCCUCUAGUGGGCCUGUAAACAUUGAGGAAAGUGUAAGAAGAAGGGAACAGGAUUCAAUGACAUAUGUGUGCAUACACCCCAUCAGACAUGUGCAGCAGCAUUUUAAUAGAUUUAUUCCAAGGGCUGCUUAUUCCACUUCGUUGAAUUAGGUUCAAGGUUUUAUUCAUAUCAAACAUACCACACUUUCAACAAUGUCGACAACUCAGUACCGGUACAAACAAUAUUAUACAAGACAAACAAUUAUAUUAUACAAUACAAAUUAUUAUAGGUAAGCAUAAAUAAAUAUCGUAAAAUAUGAAAAGUGUACUUAAUAUAACAAUAGAAAAAAAAAGUACUAUAAUGCAUUCUUGUAAAUGGUUGUAAUAUAAUGACAAAGAAAGAAAAUGUGAGGUGUAGAUAUGGGGAGCCAAAGGUAAAAGCAGAGCUUGUUGGUCAAAGGCUCCAAGAAAUAUGCAGUGAGAGUCCUGUAAAAAUAUCAAUACGACAAGAGAGUGAUAAAUAAAAGGGCAAACG